GAACGUCCGGUUGCCAAGGGAACGCCACGCGCCUAGGCGCCUGCCCAGCCACUGAUGCUCCGGCUGAGGCGCAGGCAACCAGUUCACCGAACUUGUAGAUACGGCUUUGCUCAGGAGCAGGGAUUCCUACAAUGGAGGCAUAGAGACUAAGGCUGAGAGACGCCCGAUAUUUAUUCCAGAGACGUAUACGAGUGAGUGAGUGGUCCAUUCCUGUUCCUCUUCAGCCCCUGGGCCCGCAGAACUAACUUCAAAGACCAGCUGGUUUGUAAAUAUUUGAAUCACAUUAUGGGAUUGCUAGACAGACUUUCAGGCUUGCUUGGCUUAAAGAAGAAGGAGGUUCAUGUUUUGUGCCUUGGUCUGGAUAAUAGCGGCAAAACAACAAUCAUUAACAAACUUAAACCUUCAAAUGCUCAAUCACAAGAUAUAGUUCCAACCAUAGGAUUCAGCAUAGAGAAAUUCAAAUCAUCCAGUUUGUCUUUUACAGUGUUUGACAUGUCAGGUCAAGGAAGAUACAGAAAUCUCUGGGAACACUAUUAUAAAGAAGGACAAGCCAUUAUUUUUGUCAUUGAUAGUAGUGAUAGAUUGAGAAUGGUUGUGGCCAAAGAAGAACUUGAUACUAUGCUGAACCAUCCAGAUAUUAAGCACCGCCGAAUACCAAUCUUAUUCUUUGCAAACAAAAUGGAUCUUAGAGAUGCAGUGACAUCUGUAAAAGUGUCUCAGCUGCUGUGUUUAGAGAACAUCAAAGAUAAACCAUGGCAUAUUUGUGCUAGUGAUGCCAUAAAAGGAGAAGGAUUGCAAGAAGGUGUAGACUGGCUUCAAGAAAAAACAAUCCAAUCAGAUCCAGGCUGUGAAGACAUGAGAAGAUAGUAUUUGGAAACCUCAACAAUUUUCAGUUCAAGGAAUGUAUCUUAAGGCAAACUGAAUACUUCAAAUUUUUUAAAAGAUGUUUGUGCAUCUAAGAAUGCUAAGACUUUAUAAUCUUCUGCUUGCAUUUAUGGAUUCUGAAUGAACUUUUUAAGAACAUAGGACUUCAGGUAUGCUAAUCUGACCAUUAAUUAUAUUAAAACUAAAUCUUUCCUCAGAAGGGCUCCUUCCCCCAGAAUUAUCAACUUCUUGGUAAAAGUCUACAUUUGAUUGUAAUUAGAAUGUUUAAAGUCAGAUUUAUAAGCCAUCUCAAUAUCUCAUCAUGAUUUAUAAUAUCUUUAAUGCAUUUUAUUUUUUAAAUUGUCUUCUAAAAUUUAGUUUUAUGAUAUGACUUUGCAGUAUGAUUGUGCUUGGAAAAAGAACUUUAAAUAUUUAUAAGGGACCAUGGGUAAUUAAUAUAUACAUAAAAUUUUUACUAUUUGUCACUAUCAAUAAAACAUAAUAUGCAGUGUACCAACUAGUGUACUUUGUUUACGCUGAAAAGAAUAACACUGUGUUGUCGUAAUAUUUAGUGUUUUACUGUCAAGCAUUUGUAAAUUAUCUGAGACUGAAUUAAGCUGAAUUUAUUUAUCCAGUGAAUGUGUAUUGAACCUCUCUGUACCUACACUAGUCUGGCAUUGUCCUAGGCACUGGUGAUACAAGGUAAAUAAGUAAGAUAUAUUCUUUAUCCUUAGAGAACUUAAAAAUUAAUGAGGGUGAUUUUGAGAACGUUUUCAUACACAGUAUCAAUUUUAUUUCAUUGGCUGAAUGAAUAUCUUGAAUUUUAAGAUUAAGAUGUA